AUGUCUUCGUUGACAGAAAUGCAUUACCCGCCAACCGGCGCAAUUCCCACGGCAACAUCGUCAUCCUCGCCUCCAGCAUCCACACCCUCUCCGGCGACCUCCAGUGCUACCACGGCCCAAUCCUCUGCGACGCGCCGUCCGCCGCGCAAAAGCACUCUUACUCAACAGCAGAAGAACAACAAGCGCCAGCGGGCAACUCAGGACCAGCUAGGUCUCCUGGAGGUGGAAUUCAACAAGAACCCAACACCCACUGCGGCCACCAGAGAGAGGAUUGCCUCCGACAUUAACAUGACGGAACGUUCCGUUCAAAUUUGGUUCCAGAACCGUCGCGCUAAAAUCAAGAUGUUGGCGAAAAAGAGUAUCGAAACCGGCGAAGGAUGUGAUUCUAUUCCAGAAUCCAUGCGACACUAUCUCGCGAUGCAAUUCGACCCAAACAAGCCCGGCGCAAGAGACCCCUUUGGACGCGCAGGCGCAUAUGGACCGCCUAGCAUGUAUGCGAAUGAGAACAACCCAUCCGGCAAAGUCGUCAUCUCUCACUUCACUUGUCGUUCCUUGACUGUCGGAAGCUGGCGGCGCAUUGGCCAGAACGCCAUGGACCUGGUCGUAUUCUAUUCACCCGACAAGGCAUGCAUGACCUAUUAUAUUAACAACGACGCUGCCGGCUAUAAGAUUGAAUACCCUUUCUCCUAUAUCAAGAACAUUACAUUGGAGACUGGCGAUUCAAGCCCUGGGCCCAAUGGGGCACCAUCUGGACCAGGUGGUCUUGUUGUGGAACUGAACCGUCCACCGCACUUUUACAUGGAUUCGUCCAACUCUGGAGGCUUCUACCAGUGUGGUGAUUUCACCGAGGAGCAGCAAGCCAGUCAAAUCAUGGUUCACCGCCUGGGUGGCCAUCCCAAGGUCCUAAGCGUUCAACUUGCGAAGCUUGUUUCCUUGGAGUCCUUCCAGAACCGUCUGGCUUAUAAUAACCCCAGCUUUGCAGUUCCAGCUGCAAUGUCUCCACCGUUCAUUCAGCGCCCUGCAUCUCAACCUAACCAAUUCGCCGCUCCCACUUAUAUGAAUAUGUAUCAGGACAGCAACCACUUGGGUUUCCACAUGCCAGCUGCUCGUGGGCACAAGCGCCAACGAAGCCGUUCUGUUCCUGUUGCGAUUGACAUUUCAACACUUCAAGGUCCAAUGUCUUCCUUCCAUGUGCCGCCACCUCCUGCUUUUAACCACACCGAGGCAGGCAUCUACGCGCCUGUUCCGCAGUCAGUACAUCAUCUCCCAACUGACCUACGCAUCGACACCCAAGGAUAUGGGCUUGAUUUCCGAACCAACUCCGUGUCUGCGACAACUACAGGUUCGCCUCCCGACUUCGCUAGUCCAAUGUAUAGCAAUGCCGGUCAAGGAGAAUCAACGCCUGUCGCCAACAUGGCCCCUCAAUUCAAUGUCCCCUUCGUGUCUUCAGGGUCAACGGAUGCCUCAACCAUGGGAUCUCAUGCGCCAUCCCCGUACUCUAGCAUGAGCCCUGCGGAUCCAUUGAUUGCAAGUCAUUCCCCGCCAAUGUCCAAUAUGUCACACGCCUCGUCGGAUAUAUAUGGCUUUUCGCAUGACCAGCAGACCAGUUACGAUGACGGUUUCUCAACGAACGAUAUGUAUUCAAAGCAUCACGUCAACUUUGGCGUUUCACACGACAGCCCCAGUUUCGAACUCCCCAUGCAUGGCCUCUCCGCUCACCCCUCUCCUGGGAUGGGUGAUUACUCUCAUGGCAUGGCCAACCUGGAUGAAAUCAACUCACAGGGUAUGCCAACCGGGUCAUGA